ACAGCUGACAAUUUUAUGUAAGCAUGUUUACUUUCAACACAUGACUGGUAGUCUUUAUUUUACAAGAUAUUACAAGAUUUGUAUGAGAACAUUGCUAUAUUGCUUUUGUAAUUAUAAUUAAUAGUUGACUUCGUUGGUUUAAUGUCCAGUCUAUUAAAAACUGCUGAAGAAGUCGCUGAAUUCAUCGAGAAUUUAGGAAUUGAAUAUAAAUUUAACUGUAUUCACGAGAAAGAUCCAGAAGGAUGUUAUUUACUUGGCCAGUGGUUCGAACAGGAGAAAUUUGACUUCAAAAGUGCCGCUGAUAUUUACAAAAAGGGAUGUGACGAGUUGAAUUAUUCUAAAUGUUGUGAUAGAUUAGCUUCUUUCCAUUUUUAUGGUAAGGCAGUGGAGAAAGAUUAUACUAAAGCCAGAGAUUAUUGGAUAAAAGGUUGUUAUGACACAAAAGGAUUAACUCCAAGAGAUCCAACCCUAUCGUGUUAUCAUGGUGGUCAAAUGUUAGCAGGAGCGAAUAAUGAAACUAACGAUAUAAAAGAUAUUAAACCAGAGCCAGAAAAAGCGAUAGAAAUGUUGGAUAAAGCAUGUAAACUAAAAUUACCUCAAGCUUGUCAGACUCUUCAUGAAUACUUUUUAUUUGGUGAAAAAAGUAUACCAAAAGAUGCGAAAAAAGCUCUUGAAUAUGGUUUAAUUGGCUGUGACUAUUCAAACUACAUUUGCUGUCACAAUACUUAUCAAAUGUUAUCGAAAGGAGACGUAGUGCCUAAAGAUUUGGAUAAAGCGAAAGAAUUAAAGGCAAAAAUAGAAGAAAUGAAUUAUCAAAUGUCACACGAAAUUAGAUUUGGUCAGUAUACAUAGAAAAUAGACUUUUUUUGUAGAAAUUUUAUUACUAAAUAAAAACCAAUUAUCGGAUAUGAA